CUCAGGAACGACAGCUGCAAAAUUAAGUUUCCGCUUCUAUAAUAAUCUAUUUGUCAUGUAGACAUAAUAUCUUGCUAUUUUAUUGUUAUUAAAUAUUUUAGGCCUAUCUUUUGUAAAUUUUCUGUGUAGUAUCGGAUUUGGUUUUUUUUCUAGUUUUACUCUUUUUAAUAGUCUUUCAUCAUGACAACACAUUGAUAGAAAGUCAAUUUAUAUAUGUAUUUAGUUUUAUAUUUUUGUUUUCUUUAUUUAUUUAGUAGUUUUCCUUUAUGAAGGUAAAAACACACACCAUAUCUAAAGCUUUACGAGAAUACAAAUACUGCGCUCAUGCCAACUUGGUUAUCUCAGACAUGCAUGUGAGCUGUCCCGUGCCCGUAGCCCCACGUAAAGUGUCAUCGCGAGUUGCUACAUCUCAUUCUCCUCCUUUGGCUAAGUUAUUGUUGAAAGCUCAGCAGAAGUCAGAACAGUCGAAGCCGUCGUCGUGCCGCGAACCGCGGUUCCCCCCGGCUACGUCGGCGGCCGACCGGCGUCGAUGCUGCGUCGGCUGCUUCGCAAAGAUGAUCGACUCAUUUCUCAACAAUUGCUCUUGACAUUAUGUUUGUCAAGUAAAUUGACGACACAUGCGAUCCGGGACAGGUAUAGGUUGAGGGAGGACUGAGAUUGUUUGAGUAGAGAUGACGAUUGAAAGUAAACUAUUUAAAUAAUUUAA